GGCCAAAUACAAAGACAGAGAAUCUUAAUAAGGGGAAGUAUUCAUUCUUCAACAAGCAGCUGAAGACUGGACACGUCUGGGAGCAGAACAUGUUUUUUCUCCCCUGAUUGCACAUUUUCACGGAGGAUUCAAGGAAUCAUGGAGAUGCAGGAGCACGCUGCCAAGGAAAAACGUCAAGAGGAUAAGGCAGCAAAGGAACCUAUGCUGGAAGUGAAAGGGCAAGGGAAUCCAUAUACACUUGCCGAGAACCCACCUUCAGAGGAAGUACAACCAAGCGACGAUAUAGGACUGCAAAAGCAAUCUGAGGCUAUCUAUUCGAAUGUUUUGGAUCCACCCAAACAACCAGCCAAACAGGCUCAAGGUUCCGUGAGGCUUUACCGUGUUGCAUGCUUGAUCCUGACCGUGCUCUGCUUGGUGCUGCUGCUGGUUGUCAUCAUCCUCAUGAUGAAAAUGAAAACGGGAUCGACCACCUGCCCGGUGAGCCCAGUGGAUUGGGCUCCGCCAACGUGCAACAUGGAGCAGUGCAGGGCUUUCACUUCUCAAGCUCGAGACCAAUGUUACUGUUGUCACCAGUGCCCCCCCGGGUGGCUGAGACUGGACCAGUCCUGUUUCUUCUUUUCCACGUUCAGGCUGAACUGGGAGGAGAGCCAGGGGAACUGUUCGAGGCAAGGAGGAUCUCUGGUCGUGGUCAGCCGCCACAAAGUCCAGACCUUUCUGACUCAAAAUGGGAACGGCUUAAUAUACUGGAUCGGAUUUCGGAAGAGCAGAGGUGUUCGGUGGAUCUGGGUGGACAACACCAUCCAGGAAGAGAGCUACUGGGGAGCAGAUUUGACAGCGGGGGACUGUGCGAUACUUAACAGCAACGGUCUUCCCGAGAGCAACUGGAUGAUGUCUGCCUGCGGCUCAUACACGUACUUCAUCUGUCAGAUGAACCUCGGAAUCGCAGCUCAUCAGGAGCCUCCUCUCCUGCAUCCAACUGAAGAAACCUAAAUGAUAGAUGCUCUGCAAGUUGAGAUACAUAGCACUGUAUACUGUCCAUAGCAAUUUGUAGCAACUAUUUCUUAUAUAUCAUACGCUUAACACAAUUAUUACCCCACCUGUCACUAGGCUUUAACACGCACGCUUUUAUUUUCAGUGGGCUCUCAACAUUUACCAUUUUAAAAAGGAUUGAGAAAUUUGAAAUUUAAUUCACCUUUUCAAACCCCGGAAUUAUUCAUUAAUUAAACGAUUAAAACAAACAUUUUCUGGAAUGGAAGUAACUCAUUUGUCGAGAAAUAAUCAUUUGCUUUAUUUUAUUUGUAAAACAGUAAGAUUUAAACUUAACAGACAUUGAUAAUCAUGACAUUUAGCCUUAAAAAUUAUAUUUUGGCUAAAGAGCUUGUACAUUAGCAAUGCUGUUCACGUGGCAUAAACCUUACAUUGGGUGCUGAUCUAAUACAUUUGUUAAGCACUCUGUACAGUUCACAGUGCAGUUCACAGAAAAGCUUGAGCCUCUCUCUGACUCUGAAGAACACAGAAGAGCAAUGCACAGUUAAACUAAAAUGGGAGGGAGAUGAGGAAAGAAGAAAGAGGCAUAUUCACACAGUUAUUUUAUCUUGUCCUUGAGAGAAAAGGGAGGCUGGUAGAGCCACUGAUAAAGGAGGAGAAAACAAUUAAGCUACUAGUUACAUUUGAAAAAGUAACACGAGAACAAAGAUCUAUUGAAGUAAUAAAAAUCACACAGCAACUAUGGGAUAAUUCAGUAUAAUAAAAGACUAUAGACUAUAUUUUGUCAUAAGUGAAAGUGGGAAAUUAUGCAAUUUUAUUUAAUUUGUCUGGAAAUGAUCAUUUAUUUAUGACAAAUAAUGUAUCUUUGUUCAUCUAUCAACCAUUAAAUAUCAGCUGUGUGUUUAAAUAAAUAGGCCCAGGUUUCACACUAAGUACAUUAUACUAAUUAUUUUAUGUACUUUUUGUGACACUAUGCAAUUGUACCUAAUGGUAUGGCCAAUGAGUUUAUGCUACUCUAUACUAUAUUAAUUUCAUAUACAUUUCCAAUUGCCUUAGUCUAAUAUGUUGAAUUAUAACUAUGUGGAACUAAAAGCCUUGAAUUAUGCUACAAUAAAGCUUUAUUGUCACAUAAAUA